CUCAUCCAAAAACAAUUGCAGAUUAUAAUUAUACUUACAAAGUUGAUUGGACUGAAGUUAACAAAAAUGUAAACUAUUAUAUUGAAGAAAAGGCUCUUUGCCUACAUGAUAAAGAAAAUAAAUUUAUAUUAUUCUAUCUAAUACAACAUGAUGAAUUUAAUACUAGGAAUUAUAAUUCUAUUAUAGCAGUUGUUAAACAAUUUGAAAUAGAGAAACUGGCAAUUUCUUUAAAGAACUUUAAGAGCAAAAGAACCAGUUCUGAUAUAUCCUUAAUCUUUAAUACUUUGCAAUGCCCUAAAGAACAUAGAAUAUCGACUACAUCAGCUUCAAUAUCAUUGUCCACAUCAUCCUUAGCUAUAUCGGUAUCAACUUCAGCCUCAUUGUUCGCAUCAACAUUAUCUAUAUUAGCUUUAUCAAAAACUGUUGUACUACAAAAUAAAAAAAAGGAUAAUAUUCCAAAAGAACCACAAGUUAUUAUUGAACCUAUAUUGUUGACUAUUACUACUACUAAAAAGACUGCUAUUUCUAAAACUUCAACUCAAGGUGCUAUCAAUUCGCAUAUUAUAAACAAG